AUGACCAACUCUACUACGAACAAUGGUGUAGCAGGCGGUGGGAUCAGUUCUGAAGAUAUGAGAUAUUAUUAUCAAUUUCUCUUCCCAUUCAAACCUAUCUUCAAUUGGUUGAAUCAUUCUCCAAAGCCAAGUAUAGAUAUUAUUAAUAGAGAAUUUGCGAUGGCAUUUAGAUCUGGUGCUUAUAAAAGAUACAAUUCCUUCUCGAAUGUACAAGAAUUUAAAGCUCAGAUAGAGAGAGCCAAUCCUGACAGAUUUGAAAUUGGUGCUAUAUAUAAUAAACCUCCAAAGGAUAGGGAUAGUAUAUUGAAGACUGAAAUGAAACCCUUGGAAAAGGAAUUGGUGUUCGAUAUUGAUAUGGAUGAUUAUGAUACUUACAGAACAUGUUGUUCUGGUGCUCAGGUUUGUAAUAAAUGUUGGAAAUUUAUUACUUUAGCGAUGAAAGUUAUGGAGGUCACAUUGAAGGAAGAUUUUGGUUUCAAUGAUUUUAUUUGGGUUUUUUCUGGUAGACGUGGUGCCCAUUGUUGGAUAAGUGAUAAGAGAGCAAGAAUAAUGAAUGAUCUACAGAGGAAAAAUGUUUUAGACUAUGUUAACGUAGUAAGAGACCGUAAUGCUGAUAAAAGACUGUCUUUGAAAAGACCUUAUCAUCCACAUUUAUCGAGAUCAUUAGAUAUUUUAAAGCCGUACUUUGUUUCAAUUAUAAUAGAAGAACAAAAUCCAUGGGAAAAUGAUAAACACGCUUUUGAUACUCUAUUAACAGCUCUUCAUGAUAAACAACUAAUUGAUGCCUUGAAAAAAUACUGGACUGAUAAUCCAAAUAGAUCUAGUAGGCAAAAAUGGAGUGAUAUUGACGAAAUUGCUUCAACUUUAAAGAUUUCAAGAAAACAAGAAUUCGUAAAUAGAUUAAAAGAAUGUAAGGAAGAUUUAGUCCUUGCAACACUAUAUCCUAAAUUAGAUGUUGAAGUCACAAAGCAAACUAUCCAUUUGUUGAAAUCUCCAUUUUGUAUUCAUCCUUCUACCGGUAACGUUUGUGUGCCGAUUGUUGACGGUUUUACACCAGAUGCAGCUCCAAAAUUGAUUAAAUUACAAUCUGAAAUGGAAAGUAAUAACAAUGAUGUCGAGCAAACAUCCUUACAGCCAUUUAUUGAGAUAUUUCAAAAAUUUGUAAACCAAGUUAUUAAAAAUGAAAUAGGUUCUGUAAAGAGAGAACGUGAUGAAGAUGGAUAUGAUGAUGAUAAAACAAAACUGGAAUUUUAA